CCAGCAAACUGAAGAAGCAAAAAUAUGGAGCUGCAAAGGAAAUGGAAAAGAUCAAGGAAAGGAAGCAUAUAUAGAGAGAAAGAAAGGAGUGUUCUUUUGAUCUUUUCCCUUUCUGAAUCGUGUAAAGAGUAGAGUAGGGGAAGUGUCAGAGAGAGAGAGAGAGAGCUUAGCUGGCGAGAGAGCGGGAUAGCCGGAAAGUCAAACUUCCUCCUUCCACCACCGUCAUCGCCGCCGAAUUCCGGCGGCCGCCUGCUUACCAAACCUACCCGACCCGCCGUAAACCCAUUUCAUUCCUUCCUUCUUCCACUGUCAUUUUGCCUUUCCAUUUUUAACUUCGAAAGCCCCCAUUUUUAUUUAACCCCAUUCGUUUCUCUUCUUCGGCUGAUUAUUUUGAUUUCUUUUUGGGCCAUCUCCCGUUUCCCUCUUUGUCAACUGAAGAGAUUGUGGUGUGCCAGAAGGGAAGAGAGAGACGGAGGAAACAGAGUAGGUAGAGAGAAAAAUAGUAUUUGGUAGCCAACAAUUUGUUUUCUGGGGGAAGGAGAAGAGAAGAAGUGGGCAACGACGCAAAUUGGAAGCAACUAAUUUUGUUUGCGAGUGCUUCCUGAGGUACAAGGAGGAAAAGAGAAGAGUUGAAGCUUUUAUUUAUUGUUUUGGUUUGGUUUAGCUUCGUGAUUGCGGUGAAAGGAAAUUCAGUCCCACAUUUCGUUUUUGCUCUCUGCUUCUCUUCCAAAUUCUCUGUGGGUUUUUUGAUGAAUGGGUACGUAGAAUUUGAUAUGGGGAAAAGGGUAUUCGAGUUGCUUCUGCACUGUCCAUAACAAACAAAAAGGAGAGGAGCCAUGGUGGAUCCCGCCAGUGUGAAAGCAUUCACCCUUAUUGUACUGAAUCUGGUGGUGUUGUUUCAGCCGACAUUUCAGCAGCAGCAGCAGCAGAGGCUUAGUUCAAGGAUUGAGCGAACUGCCCUGUUCCAACUCAGGUCUAGUUUGGGUAUAAGGAGUAAAGAAUGGCCUAGAAAGGUUGACCCUUGCUUGGCUUGGGUAGGCAUCAAAUGUGAUAAUGGUACUGUUUCUGAGAUCGACAUUUCUGGGUUCAGGAGGACUAGGGUGGGUUCACUGAACCCUCAGUUUGCUGUCGAUGCACUUGCCAAUUUCACUAGCUUGACUUCCUUCAAUGCCUCUCGAUUCUCGCUUCCUGGCUCAAUCCCUGAUUGGUUUGGUCAAACACUGUUCAAUCUCCAGGUUCUUGAUCUCACUUCUUGCUCUGUAAUCAAUGCUGUUCCUGCUAGUUUAGGAGGUCUGACUAGCUUGAUUCGACUCCAUUUGGCUGGUAACAGUUUGACGGGUACCAUCCCUUCCACUUUGGGUCAGUUGCUGCAGCUUUCGGUUCUUGAUCUCUCACGAAAUUUGUUUACUGGUACAAUACCUCCUUCGUUUGGUUCCUUGGCAAAUUUGACAAGUCUCGAUAUGUCUUCGAACUUCUUGGCUGGAUCUAUUCCUCCUGACCUUGGGACAUUGUCCGGGCUCACGAACUUGAAUCUUUCCAAUAAUAGUUUGUCAUCUUCAUUACCUGCUGAGCUUGGGAGCCUUGUUAGUUUGGAAGACCUUGAUCUCACCCGCAAUUCAUUGACCGGAGGACUGCCUGUUGAGUUAAGUGGGCUGAUUAAUUUGCAAAGCCUGCUGCUUGGCAACAACUUCUUAGGUGGCCCUUUGCCAGCCAGUCUGUUCGCUAAUCAAACUAGGUUGCAGAAUGUGGUUCUCAGCCAAAAUGAUUUCACUGGUCCUAUUCCUAGGGAGCUAUGGUCAAUGCCUGCAUUGCGCUUGCUUGAUAUCUCUGGUAACAAUUUCACAGGUAUGCUGCAAGAUAUUGGCUUGACUUCUGAAAACACUAGUGUAGCAGUAGUAAAUAUCUCAUCAAAUCAGUUUUAUGGAAUUCUUGGACCGGUGUGGAGAAGAUUCAGUUCUGUUGAUCUGUCUGGUAACUAUUUUGAAGGCGUGGUUCCAGAUUAUGUGCUUAACAAGGCAUCUCUCAAUAGAAAUUGUCUCCAGAAUGUCACGAAUCAGAAGAACUUGUCUGAUUGUUCGUCAUUUUACUCUGAUCGUGGGCUGACUUUUGAUAAUUUUGGGCUCCCAAAUUCUACACAACCUGGAACUUCAGGGAAGAAGAGCAAGAAAAACAUUAUUAUAUUGGCAAGUGUACUCGGAGGACUUGGACUUCUGCUUUUAGCAUUUUUCUUUGCUCUGUUGCUUUUCUGCUGUCGUAAGAGAAACGGUUCAAAUCAAAGAGGGGUUGCUGUUGAGCCAGCUCCAGCCUCAGGGACUGCUCCACCUCCACCUCCAGAGGCAUCGAUUAACUUAUCGAGUUUGGGAGAUACAUUCACGUAUCAAGAACUGCUUCAAGCUACUGGUGAGUUUAAUGAUGCGAAUCUCAUCAAGCAUGGCCACUCUGGAGAUAUAUACCAAGGUGUCUUGGCAAGUGGAAUCCCUGUGGUGGUUAAAAGGAUUGAUUUGAGCGCUGUUAAGAAGGAGGCAUAUCUGAUCGAACUUGAUUUUUUCAGUAAAGUUUCACAUCCUAAAGUGGUGCCACUUUUGGGACAUUGCUUGGAGAAUGAAAAUGAGAAGCUUUUGGUGUAUAAGUACAUGCCAAAUGGGGAUUUGGCGAGUUCAUUGUUCAGGAAAACUAGUUCAGAAGAUGAUACAUUGCAGUCACUGGAUUGGAUUACGAGAUUGAAAAUUGCUAUUGGUGCUGCAGAAGCUCUUUCUUGCCUGCACCAUGAAUGUACGCCGCCCAUUGUGCACAGAGAUGUUCAAGCAAGCAGCAUACUUCUUGAUGACAAAUUUGAAGUAAGAUUAGGGAGCUUGAGUGAGGUCUGUGCUCAAGAAGGGGAUGUUCAUCAAAGCAGGAUCACCAGGCUGCUGCGGUUACCGUCUUCCGAUCAAGGAACUUCUGGUCAACCGACAGCCACGUGUGCCUAUGAUGUCUACUGCUUUGGGAAAGUCCUUCUCGAGCUAGUGACAGGAAAUAUCGGCAUUAGUGCUGCAAGUGAUGCCCAACUGAAGGAGUGGCUAGAACAGAUCAUCCCCAACAUAAGCAUGUACGAGAAGGAACUCGUUGUUAAAAUCGUGGACCCAUCUCUAAUCAUCGACGAAGAUCUCCUGGAGGAAGUUUGGGCCAUGGCUAUAGUAGCAAGGUCAUGCCUGAACCCCAAACCUUCGAGACGGCCCCUAAUGAGAUACAUUCUCAAGGCAUUGGAAAACCCUCUGAAUGUAGUGAGAGAAGAGACUACAGAGUCUGCAAGGCUAAGAACAUCCUCGAGAGGGUCAUGGAAUGCUGCUGUAUUCGGUAGCUGGCGUCAGGCAUCUGAUGUAACGGUGGUACCUCCAACAGCUUCCACCAGCCGGCGGCCAGAGGGAGGAGGGGGCAGUUUUAAAAGGUCAACAACGUCGAAGUCAAACUCACAGUCGCAGGGGAGUGGUGGUGGGCAGAAUGGUGGGGGUGGUGAUCAUUCUUCUUCACACAGACGGCAUUCCAGGGAUAUUUUCCCCGAACCAGCCGAAGGCCAACAAGAUAUAGAGAGGCAAGAACACGAGUAGGGACGCACGAGAGAGUGCGAGAAAUGUAGAUGUGGGUAAUGGAGAUUCUUUGUUAAUAAGAUGGCAGCAGCAGCAGCAGCAGGCUUUCCUAUUUCAGAGUGCCUGCUUGCUUGCUUGCUGGGUUUCCCUGGUGUGGAUGAGUCAUAUUUUGUGGGGGUCCUUUGGUUGCCUUGGUGUUGAAGGAAUUAAAUUUCAGAGGCUGGUUUUUGUUUCAUGGCAGUGAUUUGAGGGUUUGAUGGGAGAUCACUGGUGCAGCAAGUCAACAUUAUUUGUUUGGCAGUUUAACGGUUAUUGAACAGAGCUGCCAUUUUUUCUUCUUCUUUUUGAGUUCUGUAAGUGGGGUUUCUUUGUUCUUUUGUUGUUUCUUCUUUUAGUGGGGCAGUCUUUGGUGCUCUGCAAUCAUUGUAAAGGUGUAAACUUUGUUAAGAAUCUGAUGAUACUGAAAUUGGGUGGGGGAUUCUCAGGGGUUCUUCUUAAGUUAUCUCCUGGAGGGGGAAAAGAUAUCGUGGAAAAUAACAGACAAAAGAGCAGAUUUGUACACUUGUUAGUUUCCUG